UCCAUUUAUCCACUGUGAAUCAGCCGUGAAGUCGAAAAUACACAGGAUAUUCCGCUGACAACUACUUAGUGAAAUGUUAAUUAGGAAUGCGAUCAUGAAACCGCAAUGAUGCAACUUCCCGAGGCGCGCGUUGCUUGGCCAGACAAGAACAUACAACUCCACUGCACAAUGACCACAACCGUUACUCGACCUCGGGAGGAAAAGGCGCAAGGAAGACGGCCCAAUGGGGGCUUUAGGAGGCCGCCACAGCACACAGGGGCCGCCCGAUCCCUCGCCCGUGCGGACGGCCGCCCAGCCCAGCGCCCUGUCCCGUGGCAAAAGCCCCGUCCCUUUACCCCCAACCAGCGACUGGCAGCGUGCAAGAGCCGUUCCUCAGCCCAGGCCAGGAGCAGCAUCAGGAGGCGAGGAGCGGGGAGGCCCAAGAGGCAAGAGGAGAGAGAGAAGAGGAGGAGGAGGCGCGUGCGUGUGCUCCCUUCCCUCCGCCAUCUUCCGGACAUCUGCCUCUCAUCCGAACACCUUUUUUUUUUUUUUUUCCUUUUUUUCCCCCUCUGCUUAAAUGCCUCGCUCGAAUACCCUGUGUGGCGCGGGGGCAGGUGGGCGCUAGUUCCCGGGGCGAGGAGGUCGCGAGGGCGCGGGGCGAGGCGGGGCGAGAGGGCGAGAGGCGCCGCGGCCGCCCCUGGUCAGAGCAAACAUGGCCUCCUCCAGCAGAGGAAUACAAAUCGGGUCGGCGUGGUUUCAGAGAAAAAUCAAGCUCCGGCCGCAGCACAGAGGAAUCCAUUUAGUUACGGACGAGAUACUGAAGGAAAUUCCAGAACUCAGGCAAUUUUCCGUAGGCCUACUACACGUACAGAUCCUCCACACAUCUGCCAGUUUAGCACUAAAUGAAAACUGGGACCCAUAUGUCAGAGAUGACAUGGAGAUGAUGCUCAACAAAAUAGUGCCUGAGGGGAUGCCUUACCGACAUUCCUGUGAAGGCCCCGAUGAUAUGCCAGCCCACGUCAAGGCCUGUUUCAUAGGUUCCUCUCUUACACUACCAGUUUCAGAAGGCAAACUCAACCUGGGAACUUGGCAGGGUAUAUGGUUAUGUGAACAUAGGAAUGAUGCUGGUCCUAGGAAGAUUGUUGUAACCAUAAAUGGGUGCUUGCGAGAUGGACGCACUCCAGUCUCCCCAAUGUCCCCAAUGGCAUCAACAAGCAGCUAGAAACACCCAACUGUGUGGCAUCAUUGGGUGCCUAGUGUGUUGUGUUCUCAUUGGCCAUGAACGCUACCAAUGUGGUUGGCGAUUGGCCAAAACCAGUUUGUCGUGUCUCACUUCGUCAGCCAAUACAAACCCAAUUUCUUUGCCCCAUUCCACCGUGUUGCCAUUUUUCAAACAAGUGUACUCAGCCUUUAUACUCACUCUUUUCUUUUUUCAUAGUUGAGCUUUAAUAGCUCACUUUUUUCUGUGAUCACACCUUUUUGCUUGUGCUCAUAAAUCAUGUAUCCUUUGAUUUAUGUCUUUAAUUGUUAUACUUUGAUUAUUUGAUUAGUGACUCUUUUAAUGGUAUCAUCUGUCUUUAAAACAAAAUUUACUCACUUCCUUUCUUGCACCCCCAUCUUCCUGCAAGGUCUUCCGUCUGAUAUCUUCUCUGUAUUCUCUUCCUAGGCUGUGCACUCUUCUCUUCCUUGCUAAUAGGCCAAGUUACUGCAGUGCUGGGGAGAUGUAAGCACACACUGGUACAAACCUGUAAAGAAGUAAUAUUAAUGUGGAUUAUUAUUAUUCUUCAGUGAAGGAUAAUAUAAUGCAAAACAAACCACAGCAGUUUUCAGUUGUGAGUGAUUUUUCAUACUUUUUUGAAACUAGUGUAUAUCAAUUACAUUCUGUAGCCGUCAAGCUUCAGCUGUUCAAGCCUAUAGCACAGAAUGUCUUAUGGGGCCCAAGGGAGUUGAAGAUUUCAGAUUUGAUGGAAGACAGGACUCCCAUUGAAGACCUGUUUACGCCCCGCAUAUCAGCAGAGACGGCAACUUUAGGGUGUGCAUCAGGUUUCUAUUUCAUCUGCCAACUCUGGGCACCAGCAGAAACAGAGUGGUCAGAUAAACAUUCGUGGACCUUACAAAGUCUUUCCAUAGAGGAUAUUUUUAAUUGUCAUUGCUGGGAAAAUGAGCCAUGUGGAAAUUAAGGUUCAGAGUCUAUGAUCCCACUGAUAAUGGUCCUGGUGAAUAUAUAGUGAUUUUACCCUGAAACAGAAAAUCUGAUUAUGGUCAGAGUUCGUGGUAUCCUUUAACAGCAAAAGCUGCAGUUAUUUGUGAAAAUAAGAUUAAAGAUUUUGUUAAAUCACAUGAAUAAACCCUGUAUUUGUGUGUAUGUUUGGAAUACAAGAGUGUAUGCAGUUUAUGUGUGUUAGUGAGAGUAAUGCGUAAGAAAUUUGUUAAAUGUUGACAUGAAAUUAAUGAAUUUGAAAGUCUGGCAUAUCAAGAUGAAAGAAAAUUCAUGCAUAGAUACAGUAGUAUGUAUAGGGAUAAUGUGAUAAAACAAAUAUCACCUGAAAAAAGGAGAUUGUUUUGAAAACAUGAAGACCUAUCAGGAUUGUUUGAAAAAGGAAUGCUGUUAGUGGAUAGGAGAUGGUAAUUCUCCAUGCUCUGCAUCUUUAUUUCAGUUUCCCCAGCUGUAUGCAAUGCAGACUUAAUUCCUGUGCCAUGGGAAAGAAGAAUUUAUGCAUACAGCAUGAGGGAAUUCUGCUGUUAUACAUUUCUUUAGAGAUUCAUCAGAUAUUAUCCUCCCAGAAUGAUGGCAUUGCUACUUCUUAUCUUUGAUUCAGAAAAGAAUUAGAUAACUGGCAAAGGAUAUAUGUUAUUCUUAUAAAUGACUUGGUCAUCAAUUCUGAGUUUGGCCAAUAUCAGAAGGAUUUAAACUUCAUUUUUAAAAAUGAUUAGUAACUUUUUGGAAUGUGACCAAUCUCAAAACAGGAAACUGGAUUCUGACUUCAAAGUUAUUCUAACAGAGAAGCCAGUAAUUGAUCUAGCGUCAAGUCAGUGUUUGAUCAAGUCACUUAAUAGCCGGUCUUUAAUUGGUAGCUGCCUCCCUCUUGCUGUAUGUAGGAGUAUUUGGGCCUUUUUAUUAUUGCACUCAGAUGGUUAUGGUUGGCUUAUCUAUAUAGAUUUAUAAGUGUAGUUGUUAAUUCACCAGUUUUAAAAACUUGUAAACUUCAACGAAGGAACCUCACAUUUAAGGAACCACUUUGUUUGACUCAUUAGAUACACUGCCAUUGAUGGAAUGUUCAUUCAUGACAACCUGUGAGUGGCCACACAACUGACGGGGGGAUAUGUGAAGAAUAUUACACUCUGCAAAACAUCAGUUUCAAAUCUUUUAGACAUAGGGUUUUUGCAGUAGUUACUCAUUUAGAUUUUUGUGGUAAAUUAUUUUUUAAACAUAUUUUCCCCUAGUGUAUGAAAAAUGCAAUAGGCCAAGCCAGUUGCGUAGUCAUUUGUGGGUAAAUAUGAAUACAUAGUAUUUAUGCUCUUCACAUUGAGCUUUGAUGGAUCAUGUGGUACUCUGAACGCCAAAUUCGUAAGUACCUUGCAAGGAUUAGCAGCAUCUCCAUAUGGUGCUGUAAUGAAUUCAAAUGACAUUACUGACCCUGCAGUUGACAGAAGAAAACUUGGACCUGUGUCAGUGAUGGCAAGUAUGAGGUGUGAGAAUUAGCAUAGUCUACCAGUGGUCUAGGCUCAGAUCGCAAGCAGCAGCAGCAACUGGUAAGAACUCUCUUAGAUGGACUCUUAAACUCCAUAAAGAGGAUCAUAAGGGAACCAAGUGAGCCUUAAGAUAUAUAUAUACAUAUAUAUAUAUAUUGAAGAUGAAGUUGGACUUCGUUGUUAUUGUAAGUUAUUGUAAAUCUGUUUUUUGCUUCUUAGGCUUGUGCAGUUUGUAAUCAUUAAUGCUUGGACUUUUUUUCCCCUUCGGGAAGUGUGUUGUGAAUGUGCCAUAGAUAAUUUGCUGACAAAAUAGUCCCAACCCAUCAUUUAAAGCUUGAAGAAAAUAAUAAAUUUUAAUUUUCCUUCACUUUAGGAGCACUGUGCACAGAUUGUCUUGUAAGUUCCAAGUUUGAUAAGUUUCCUCUGAAGGAACCAGAGCACCAUCUUUCUGGAGGUUGGCGAAAUGUGUCCAUGUAAAAGACUGUCAGUUUCACCCUUACAGUGAAAGAGAUGUUCUGGAUCUUGGGCUUGCAGAUCACUGGAAACAAAUAGUAAUCCCAAACUUGACUUUCGCUGGCAGGUACGAUUAAAGUUGAGUGAAUGAA